AUGGGUGUUUCUACUUUCAUGGACAAGUUGAAACCUGGGAAGCCUGAAUCUCAGUUCUCUUCCCAGGCCGCAACUCCCUCGCGUGCCGAUUCGACUACUGCUGAAAAGGAUCACCUCACACUCGAUGACAGCCCUGUCAAGUAUCUCACAUGGCGAUCCUUCAUCCUCGGCUUGUGUGUGUCAAUGGGUGGUUUCAUCUUCGGAUACUCUACUGGUCAAAUCUCGGGUUUCACCACCAUGGUUGACUUCAAGCAACGCUUCGCUGAGUACAAUGCUGCCACCGGUGAAUAUGCCUUCAGUAACGUCCGCAACGGUCUCAUUGUUGGUCUGCUCUCUAUCGGAACUAUGAUUGGUGCCCUGGUUGCCGCCCCCAUCGCGGACCGCAUUGGCCGCAAAUUCUCGAUCUCCUUCUGGGCCCUUCUCCACAUCGUCGGUAUUAUUAUCCAGAUUGCUACCACUGACAAGUGGUACCAAAUUGCCCUGGGCCGUUGGGUCGCUGGUCUGGGUGUUGGUGCGCUCUCUAGCGUCGUCCCCAUGUACCAGUCUGAGUCUGCCCCUCGCCAGGUCCGCGGUGCCAUGGUCAGUGCUUUCCAGCUGUUCGUCGCUUUCGGUAUCUUCAUCUCCUACAUUGUCAACUUCGGCACUGAGACUCUCGAAAACGAUGCUUCGUGGCGCAUCACCAUGGGCAUUGGAUUUGCCUGGCCUCUUAUCCUCGGUAUUGGUACCCUCUUCCUUCCCGAGUCCCCCCGUUUCGCCUACCGUCACGGCCGUACCGAGGAGGCUCGCAAUGUUAUGUGCAAGCUCUACGGUGUCCCCCACAACCACCGCGUCGUUGCUCAGGAGAUGGCCGACAUGAAGAUCAAGCUUGAGGAGGAGCUCGCCAACGGUGACGCUCCCUGGCAAGAGGUCUUCACUGGUCCCCGCAUGCUCUACCGUAUCAUCCUCGGAAUUGCCCUCCAGUCCCUCCAGCAGCUGACUGGUGCCAACUUCAUCUUCUACUACGGAACCAGUAUCUUCCAGGGUAUUGGAUUGAGCAACUCCUACGUCACCUCCAUCAUCCUCGGUGCUGUCAACUUCGGUAUGACCCUUCCCGGUCUUUACAUUGUCGAGCACUACGGUCGCCGCAAGUGUCUGAUGUACGGUGCCGCUUGGAUGUUCGUCUGCUUCCUGAUCUGGGCCUCUGUCGGCCACGAGAUCUUGAACUCCGACCCUACCAACCACCCCGCUGGUGUUGUUAUGAUUGUGUUCACCUGCUUCUUCAUUGUCGGAUUCGCCACCACCUGGGGUCCUAUUGUCUGGGCUAUCUGUGGUGAGAUGUACCCCUUCAAGUACCGCGCUGUCUGCAUGGGUGUUGCUACUGCUGCCAACUGGACCUGGAACUUCCUCAUCUCGUUCUUCACCCCCUUCAUCUCCAACACCAUCGACUUCCGCUACGGUUACGUCUUCGCUGCUUGCUGCUUCCUCGCUAUCCUCGUUGUCUUCUUCUUCGUCAACGAGACCCAGGGCCGGACCCUUGAGGAGGUCGACACCAUGUACGUCCUCCACGUCAAGCCCUGGAAGUCCGCUGGCUGGGUUGCCCCCGAAGGAAUUGUUGCCGAUCUCCACGGCCCCAACCCCCUGGACGGCCCCAAGCAGGGUGAGGCUGGCGCUAGUGAGCACCAGCACCACGACGUGACCACUGAGAUCCGGGAGUAA